AUGGGAUGGUUCAAGUGCAACACUGAUGGGGCCUCUAGGGGAAAUCCAGGGAUGAGUUUUGCUGCCUUUUGCAUAAGAAAUGGUAGAGGAGAUCUAAUGUACGCUGCAGCUAGAACACUGAAUGAUACUACCAAUAUUUGUGCAGAGGCUAUAGCAAUAGAGGAUGGUAUUGAAUAUUGUGUGACACAUCAGUUCUUGCCUAUGAUUAUGAAAACUGAUUCCUUGGCUUUGCUAAACAUCAUAAGGAAGAUAUGGAGUAUCCCUUGGAACGUCAGAAUGGAGAUAAGGAGAAUACAAUAUUGGAGUAAUAAGGGGCAAGUGCAGUUUGCUCAUAUCCUAAGGGAAGGUACUUUACAUGUUAAUAACUUUGAGGAGUUUCCAUCUGAUUCCAAAAUAAUAUUAAACAUGGAUAAGGCUUUGUUACCUAGCUUCAAAUACAAAGUAUAUAAGUCCAAGGAACCAGAUUAA